AUGAUAAAUAUUAAUGUAGGUGUUUUAGGACACGUUGAUUCUGGAAAAACGAGCCUCUGUAAAUGUCUGAGCCAAGUUUUAAGUACAUGCGCCCUAGAUAAACAUAAAGAAAGCAAAGAAAGAGGCAUAACGAUCGACCUUGGUUUUUCUUCUUUCUAUAUAAAGAAAAAAAAAAAAAAAAAAUAUGAUGUAAAUCAAAAGAGGGAAAUCCAAACAAAUUUACUAAAUGAUCAAACAACUGAUCAAAAGGAAUCUUUUUUAUAUUGUAAAAGAGAAGAGAAAAAUGAUUUACAUAAUAUACAAUAUGAUAAAACAAAUAUUGAAUAUAAUGAAGAACAAAAUUGUUAUGACUAUACAAAUGAUAAACAUCAUUCUAAUAAUAUAUACUUUUAUGAUGAAGAAAUUAUUCAAAUUUGUUUAGUUGAUUGCCCAGGACAUCAUUCUCUUUUAAAAAGUAUUAUUAUGGGUUCAGAAAUUACAGAUAUCAUUAUUUUAGUUAUAGAUAUUAAUAAAGGGAUACAAAAACAAACUAUCGAGUGUCUAGUUUUAUGUAAAAUAAUUAAUUGUGAUAUUAUUAUUGUCUUAAAUAAAAUCGAUCUUAUACCUCUACAUCUAAGGGAAAAAAAAAUUAAUUUAAUGAAGAAAAAAAUACAAGAAGCAUUUUAUAAAUUUAAGUCGUUACAAAGCUUGAACUACCACAUCGUUAGCAUAUCGGCAAAUGUAAAAGGUAAAGAUAAUAAAGAUGUGGAAGGGGAUCCACCAAAUUUAUUAAGUCAUGAUAAGAAGGGUGUGAAAAUUUUAUUAAGUGGUGAUAAUAAGGAUCUACCCAUUUUAUUAAGUGAUGAUAAGAAGGAUCCACCCAUUUUAUUAAAUGAUGAUAAGAAGGAUCCACCAAAUUUAUUAAAUGAUGAUAAGAAGGAUCCACCAAAUUUAUUAAAUGAUGAUAAGAAGGAUCCACCAAAUUUAUUAAAUGAUGAUAAGAAGGAUCCAUCCAUUUUAUUAAGUGAUGAUAAGAAGGAUCCACCAAAUUUAUUAAAUGAUGAUAAGAAGGAUCCACCAAAUUUAUUAAAUGAUGAUAAGAAGGAUCCAUCCAUUUUAUUAAAUGAUCAUAUGAACGAAUGGUCUCAAAACAAAUCAUCGUCGGACAUACCAUUCAUGAAUAAAACCAUAAAUAUUAAAGAAAUAAUAAAUGUUCUUACUAAUAUUAUAAAGAUCCCAGAAAGAGAGAUUUCAACAUAUGAAGAUUUUUAUUUUUUAUAUGAUCAUUCUUUUAAUAUUAAAGGGAAAGGAACAAUAUUUACAGGAACGGUGAUAAAAGGAAAGAUAAAAAUAAAUUGUAAUGUUACCAUUUUACCGUUAAAUGAAACAGGGAAAAUUAAAGAAAUACAAAGUUUUAAAAAAAAUGUACAUGAAGGGAAAAAAGGAAGCCGAUUAUCUCUUUUAAUAUUAAACAAUAAUAUAAAAAAUAUUAAAAAAAAUGAAAGAGGAGUUAUAAUUUAUGAGAACUCAAAUAUAUCAUAUUUUUCAAUGUUUAUAUGUAAAGUCAAACAAGUAGAAUUCUAUAAAAAGGAUCUAAAUAAUCUAGAACAUUUUAUUUGUAUUAUUGGUUUCUCUUCAACAGAAUGUUAUGGAUAUUUUUUUAAAAAAAUUAAAAACAAAUAUGAAACAAAUGAAUCUAAGAAAAUAAAUUAUAAGGAAAACUCACAAGGGCAUGAUGUGUUCCCUACUUUAUUAGAAGAUACUUUAAAUGUUGACAAAAGGUUUGAUAGGAAAGGAAAUUACUUACUUAUAAAUAAACUUUGUUAUGAUGACACACAGAAGGAAAAUAAUAACAACAAUAAGAAGAAUAAGAAGAAUAACAACAAUAAGAAGAAUAAGAAGAAUGGCAAUAAAAAUGAGCAUAGUGAUGAUAUUAUUAAAAAUGAACAUGGUGAAGAUAUUAAUAAAAAUGAGCAUAGUGAUGAUAAUAAUAAAAAUGAACAUGGUGAUGAUAAUAAUAAAAAUGAACAUGGUGAUUAUAUUAAUAAUAAUCAUCUUAAUGAUUAUAUUAAUAAUAAUCAUCUUAAUGAUGAUGUUAAUAAUAAUCAUCUUAAUGAUGAUGUUAAUAAUAGUCAUCUUAAUGAUGAUGUUAAUAAUAAUCAUCUUAAUGAUGAUGUUAAUAAUAAUCAUCUUAAUGAUGAUGUUAAUAAUAAUCAUCUUAAUGAUGAUGUUAAUAAUAGUCAUCUUAAUAAUUAUGAUGAUGAUAUUUAUUUUCUUGUAGUUAUGAAAAGAAAGAUUCACUGUUUUGAAAAUGAAAAAUGCAUAUUCCUAAAAAAUGAUGAACAUACAAAUUGUAGAAUAUGCCUUUAUGGGGAAAUAAUAGAAAUCAUCGAUAAUAAUUGUACAUAUAAAAAAGACGAUUCUUUCGUUUUUAAUAAACAACCAAACAUAUAUAAAUAUGAAGAAUAUAAAGAUUUAAAAAUACUUAAAGAAAAAAACAAAAAAGGAAACAUCGAUAAAAUCAUAGAUGAACAUACUAUUAUAUGUAAAAAGUUAUUUCAAUCAUCUAAUCAGGUUAUUCCAUAUAUAUAUAAAAAAAUUUAUAUUGUUAAAUCAACAUAUGAUCAAAAAAAUGGAAAUACAACAAGUGGAAAUACUUCUAAUGUAUUACAUACUGGUACUAUCAUAAAACCAUUUGCUAAACAAGGAAAAGCUAUAGUUUCUUUUGAUGAAGACAUUUCUUAUCUUAAAAAUGAUAUCAAGUCUUACAACUUUCUUUUGGUAUAUUAUAAAGAUGUAUUUUCUAAAAAGAAGGUAUUUCUAUAG